GUAAUAUUGUCGUUCAUUCAAUAAUCAUCAUUUGCCCAUAUACAAACAUGGAAAUCUUGAAAAUGUUUUAAUGUUAGAAAUUUUCCGAGAAAUAUUCUUUCGGAAAAGAUUUUUUUUUGUUUGUCUGUUCUUUUCUUACUGGAUUUCUUUCUUUUUUUUUCUUGCCAAAUGUGAUGGAUAUGCCAAAGCAAAAUUAUAAACGAUGAUUUCAUCACCAACAACCACCACAACAACAACGACGACAUCGACGACGACAUUGAAUCGUUUGUCACCGAUAAUACAAUUAUCGAAUGUUAAUUCCACAUCACCACCACCACCAUCAUUAUCACCGCAAGUACCUUUAUCAUCAUUAUCAUCGGUUACAACAUCGACGACUAUAUCGACAGCAACAACAAUGAAAACAAUAUCAACAAAUUUAAAAUGUUUACCAUUAUCACAGCAACCACCAUCAACAGCAACAACGAUAAUGACACAAUCAUCAGGUAUUCAUCCGCAUCACUAUUAUCAUUCACAACAACAACAACAACAUCGACAACAACAACAACAACGACAAUCACCAACAACAACAGGAACAUCAUCAUCAUUAAGUAUGGAUCGUGCUGCAUUCUUAUUGAUACGUAUAAAACGUGUUUUUCAAAAGAAAAAACGUAAAAACCAAAUGAAUAAAUUACAACAAUCAAUGAUGGAUGGAAGUGGUGGUGGUGGUGGGGGAAAAAGUGGUCGAAAAUAUCAAAAAAAACCAUCACCAAUGUUACGUGCACGUACAUUACCGGCUAUUAUAACACCAGCAUUAAAUAUAUUGAAUGCACAAUUAAAUCAACAAAAUUUAAUGAUGAUGUCCAAUCAACAACAACAACAACAACAACCGAUUGAUUAUCAAUCGAUUAAUGGUAGCCAUCAUCAUCAUCAUAAUAAUCAUUCACCAAGACAAUCAGUAUCAUCAAAUUCAUCGGCUGGUUCAUCGAAAGAAUAUUCUAGCUCAAAUAAAGGAAUCAAGAAUUCAAGUUUCCAGAAAUUUUCCAAAUUCUGGACAAAUAAUUAUGGACAAAGAAUAUUAUCAAGUUCAAGUUAUGGUGGCAGUGGUGGUGGUAGCAGUAAUGGAUUAUUAGGACCAAUAAUUAAAAAUUCAACAACAACAACAGCAAAUAAUUAUCUAUCAGAAGUGUUGAUAGUCUUUUGA